AUGGGUUCUGUUGUUCCCGCGGAUGUAUUCCACCGAGAGUGCCGCAGACCAGAUGGGCCUUACAACAGGCUCAACUUUGCUCUCAUGAAUAACUUCAACCUAGCGCCUAUCAGCCAAUGCGCAUUCCUGUAUGUUGGCGGGGACAUGUGGCCGAGAGCGAUGCCGAACGACCCUAUGCCGUUCAUCUUCACUGGCAUUCUCCCCGAACCCUUCGAGCAGGAGUUCGAGCGGAAAGAGCGCGAGGCUCGCGAACCUGCGGUGGCUCCUGCUGUCACCCCCAGCCUUCCGGACAGCGAACAGGAGCCUCAGCAGACGGAUGCGGGAUUUCUUUUCCCCAUCCACAAACCGGCGUCUCCUGACGCCUCGCCGUUGAGCAUCGAUUCAGCGUUGCCGCCGCUCACAACUGAUGUGACCUCCUCGAGCGAGGACGAAAGGCUCUCUCCGCGUGAUGCUACCAAGUCCUCCGCCCUCCUUGCUACCAUGCUUUACUCCAAGGACCUCAAGCGUCACCACGAGCUAGAAGACCAGGACUCCGAGAGCUCGUCGGCGGCGUCGAGCACCUCCAAGCGUCCGCGUCUCUCGACUUACAUAUCUCUAGUCCGGGCUGCAGAGAAGAAGACCUUACCGUCUUCCGCGCAUCACGUCCGCUACCGCUCGCCCAAGGCCCGCUAUGGGUUCCUCACGGAUUCGUCGAGCAGCAAGUCUCGCUCAACGAGCUACCGAAGCAACUCGAGCGCCACCAAGCCGACCUCAUUCGCCGCAUCGCUCAAGCGUUCCCGCGAUGACUCUUCCGACGCCGAAACCAGCACAUCGACUGCAAGCGUCUCAGCUCCUGCGAAGCGUCGCCGAGUUGAGAUGGACGCGCGUGUGAUCCUGCCGAUGCCUACGCACGCCGUCACUCGCCACGACAAAGUCACCAAUUGGUUGACCCAUGGCACUCUGGCCGCACCCGCACCCGAAGAGACCGCUCCCAACCUCACAUCUGAUGUGACAGAGUCAGGCUACGACGUCGACGCCGAGUCCGACGACGAGUUGCACAUCGAGGCCCCGCGCUUUGUGUCAAUGAAGGGCCGCACUGUGGCUGAGCGUUUCCAGGCGCCCCGCAAGGUCCACUACGCUGGAUCAGAUGCCGCCGAGGAUGAUGAGCCAGUCCCGAUGUGGAAGGUGGCCGAGGUCCUCCGCUACGCCGUUCCUAAUCCUGGCAACUGGGCGUGA